UUGCACACUAAUUAACCCUUGUUUAUUAUUCACUCUCCAGCUUGUCAAGUAUCUUCUACUCGAUUCUACUCAACGAUUCUUCUCAUUUCUUUCUUCUUCAUUAAAACCUAAUUCACCUAACAACUGCAACAUAAACACACGCAUCUAGAUCUCUGAUUUUCAGCCUUUUUCUCUCUUUUUUGUGCUGAGAUUCAUCACAAUCAAGAGAAGAAUCAAUGGCGGAUGAACCUUCAAUCACUCGCUGGUCGUUUGAGGAUUUUAAGAUGUUUUAUGAUAUUAAGUUUGGGAGGAAAAAGGAGUCCAGUUCAAAAGAUGCUAGUGUAAAUAGUCAACAGACUACUGGUCAAGCUUCAAGUAAUGGGAACUCAUCAAACGGAAAUGGACACUUGAACAACACAUCUGAGUUAUCGAUAUAUGAACAGUACAGACAGGCAAGAGAGAAUUCAACAUCCAAUGGAGUUACGCAGGCGGAUGCUGAGAAACCGAAAAAAUCUCUGCUUCCUCCUUUUGAAUCAGCAGAAAUGCGAACUUUGGCAGAGAGUUUAAGUAGGGAUAUUAUUCGUGGUAGUCCUGAUGUGAAGUGGGAGAGCAUUAAGGGUUUAGAAAAUGCAAAACGCCUGCUUAAAGAAGCAGUCGUUAUGCCAAUAAAAUAUCCCAAGUACUUCACCGGCCUUUUAUCCCCAUGGAAAGGCAUUCUCUUGUUUGGCCCACCAGGAACCGGAAAGACCAUGCUUGCAAAGGCUGUUGCAACCGAGUGCAAUACUACUUUUUUCAACAUUUCAGCAUCAUCCAUUGUCAGCAAAUGGCGGGGUGACUCUGAGAAGUUGGUGAAAGUGUUAUUUGAGCUUGCCAGACAUCAUGCACCGUCAACUAUAUUUCUGGAUGAAAUCGAUGCAAUCAUUAGUCAACGUGGUGAAUCGCGAAGUGAACAUGAAUCGAGUAGACGUCUCAAAACAGAGUUACUAAUCCAGAUGGACGGUCUGACAAAAACAGACGAGCUCGUGUUUGUAUUGGCGGCUACAAACCUCCCUUGGGAACUCGAUGCUGCUAUGCUCAGGCGUCUUGAAAAGAGAAUUCUUGUACCUCUACCAGAGCCUGAAGCAAGGAGAGCAAUGUUUGAGGAAUUAUUGCCUUCGGCACCUGAAGAAGAGACACUACCUUAUGAUUUGCUGGUGGAAAAAACAGAAGGUUUUUCGGGUUCUGAUAUACGGUUGUUAUGCAAAGAGGCUGCCAUGCAACCUCUAAGACGUGUUAUGGCUAUUCUUGAACAACAAGACAUAUUGCCCGAUGAUGAGCUACCGAAGGUAGGCCCCAUCAAACACGAAGACAUUGAAAUGGCGAUAAGGAACACGAGGCCUUCUGCGCAUCUACAUGCUCCUCGUUAUGAAAAGUUUAACUCGGAUUAUGGCAGUCAGAUACUCCAGUGAAGAUAGUGGUAAUUCUUUUUUGUUAAAUUCAUCCAAGUGUUGUUAGUUACCUCCCUUCAGCCCCGAUAUCAAUUUGUCUGUUGCACUAUGCCUUGCAUUCCACUUGGAAGACUAGUGACAUAAUGAAAAGAUUUUGCAGUUUUUUUGCAUUCUCACA